AUGUCGGAUGAAAGAAUAAAUGAUACUGAUGAAGAAAUGCAUACUGGAGAAGACGAAUCUUACGGGUUAGAUGAAACUGAAUCGGUAACACCUAGUAUUAACCCGAUGAGAAACCAACCUCCUAGAGCAGAAAGAAGAAAUGAUAGAGAUGAUUCUGAUACAAAUAGAAAAAUUGCUGAUGCACUACAAAGAAUAAUGGAAAUUGUUCCUGCUAUGACUUCAGUUCCAAUUCAAAGACGGGCCCCGAUAAAGGAAUUGAGAAAGUAUGGUGCCAAUGAAUUUAUGGGUCUGAAAGGAGUCGAUCCAUUUGUAGCUGAAAAUUGGAUAAAGUCGACUAAAAGAAUUUUACGACAAUUAGAUUGUACCCCCCGAGAGUGUUUGAUUGGUGCUGUAUCGUUGUUACAAGAAGAAGCUUGCUUAUGGUGGGAAUCAGUGGUUCGACAUUUACCAGAGAACCAGAUAACUUGGGAUCUAUUUCAGAAAGAGUUUCAAAAAAAAUAUAUCCGAGAAAUGUACAUCGAAGACAAGAAACAAGAGUUUUUGACGUUACAACAGGGUGACAUGUCAGUAAUAGACUAUAAGAGGGAAUUCUCGAGACUCAGUAGAUAUGCCUCAGAGUUUAUUCCAACUGAAGUUGAUAGUUCUAAGAGAUUUUUACGGGGUUUACGAGAUAAGAUCGAAUUACAGUUGGUAUCUCAACGUAUUACUGAAAUGGUAGACUUGAUUGAGCGAGCUAAAAUGGUAGAACAAGUGUUGGGCUUUAAUAAAAAGACUCAAAGUGUUAGACCAGCUGGGAAGCGUACGAGAACUACCAGUUGA